AUGGAACCACACCCAGUUAUUUUUGAUAGGAUUGAUGGAGAGUUGAUACAGAAUACGGCCAUUAAAACAGAAGGAGCUGCAGGACCAUCUGGUCUUGAUGCAAUGGCCUGGCGACGACUCUGUACAUCUUUUAAAUCAUGUUCAGUUGGUCUAUGUGAUGCUUUAGCUGCAGUUGCUAGAAGAAUCUGCACUUCUCUUGUUGAUCCAUCAAGUUUAACAUCAUUUGUUGGUAGUCGCUUGAUUGCACUUGAUAAAUGCCCUGGAGUACGUCCGGUCGGUAUUGGUGAGGUGGCUCGGCGUAUUAUUGGUAAAGCGAUUGUCAGAGUGAUUGGCAACGAGAUUCAAGAAGCUACAGGUCCACUACAGACAUGUGCUGGACAUUUAUCUGGUUGUGAGGCAGCUGUUCACGCUAUGCAUCAAGUGUUUGAAGAUAAGGAUGCGGAUGGUGUUAUUCUUGUUGAUGCUACCAAUGCUUUUAACUGCUUAAACCGUCAAACUGCCUUAGUUAAUAUCAAGCAUCUUUGCCCAGCACUAUCGAAG